CGGAAGUCCAGCGGCUGAGAAGUAUAAACAACUUUUUUUUUGUUCGCACUGACUGCACCUCACCUCAGCAGUCUACAAAAACAAGGAACUCCUCGAAGAGAGACAGGCUCUGUUCCUAUACUCGGUAAGGACAGCCAUGACCCUCACCUCUUCUCUCCUGAUCGUCCUGGCAGCAGCCAGCCUUUCUGCUGCUUCACCUCAUGAAUUGUGGAACAAAGUGACCCUGACCCACCAAUGGCCCAACACCUUCUGUUUGCUGGAACACUGUCAUCCCAAGAUUAGCUACUGGACACUACAUGGACUUUGGCCAGAUAAUGGGAACGACUGCAAUUCAUCAUGGCAUUUCAACUCUUCCCUGAUCGAGGAUCUGCUGCCAGACAUGAAGAUUAGUUGGCCUGACUUGCUCAAGCCCACUUCUAUUAGCUUCUGGAAGUACGAGUGGAACAAACAUGGGACAUGUGCAGCCAAAGCAGAUUCAUUGAACAGUGAACAUAAAUACUUCAGCAAAGCACUGGAAUUGUAUCAUAAAAUGGAUUUGAGCGGCCUCCUGAAAAAGUUUGAUAUUAUCCCUUCUAACACAACCUUCUACAGUUUUUCACAAAUUGAAGAGGUGAUCCAAAAUUUCUAUGGCAUCAAACCAAAGAUCCAGUGUGCCUUUUUGAGAAAGAAUGCUGAKUACCAGACUUUGGGGCAGAUUGAGAUUUGCUUUGAUGCGGACUUUAACCUGCUGGACUGUGAGAAACGAUAUAUGACGGAAACAGAGUUAAAGAGAGGUUGGCAGCAACUCGAUGUUAACACCUCAAGUGGAUACAAAGUGUGUGACCAUGACAUACUAAUACAUUACCCACCUCAGUCAUAAGCUUCACAAUCAAAAGCAUAAUAACACACUAAACACUUUCAUACACAAAACCUUGCUAAUUCAUUUUUUUGUUUGGUGACAAAUGCAGUGUAAUUUAGCAUGCACACUAAUUAAGGACUGAUUUCAUUUUGCACACAGACAAUCUCUUUCAAUAUAGUGCUGCGUGGGAGUCAUCCCACUGCUUACUUGAAACGAUUUUACAGAGGACUUUUC